AUGCCGUCCGUGGGGGGGUCGCUGACGGGCCUGCUGUGCCUGGUGGUGACCGUCUGGGUUGUGCGCAUUUUGCGCAAGAGGAAGUCCGCGACCGUUUCCCCGGAGGACAAUGUGGGCAAACAGAAGCUGGGAAAGCUCUCGGCGAGGGCGCUGGUGAUGCUGAUUGAAUCCGAUGCAGUUCCACACAUCGUCGUGGAUGUGAGGGGGCCGGAGGAGAGGGGUACACUUCCUGAAUUGCUGAAAAGAGCAUCUGGUGGCUUCCUCAGGGCCCAAGCAAGUGAGCUCCGUCCCCUGUUUCAGAGGAGGAACUCCGCCGAUUUGUCUCAGAGGAACUUCAAACAGACGCUGCCAGGGAAAAAGACACCACGGAAGGAUGACCUAAUUGUCUUUGUUUGUGAGACUGGAGACAACAGCAUGAAGGCAGUGGAGGAAAUGGAGGCCCUAGGGUACAAAUGUGCUGUCUACCUCGAUGGUGGUUUGGAAGCACUGAGGCGCAAAAGCAUUGUGCCGGCCAAUCCAAAGUGCAUCAGCAGACAUGCUGUGGCUGUUCUGUUGAAGUUCACAGACACACCACCUUCUCUUGAAGCUCUAUUUAUUGACGUCCGGAGGUCAGAUGAGCAUUCAAUAUUUGGAACGAUUGAAGGGAGCAAGUUCCUCAAUGUGAACGAGCUUCCCAAGGCCCUGAGGCUGGAGUUCAGUGAGUUCGAGAGCAAGUAUGGGUUUGCCAGGCCCAGGCAGGACGAUGUGGUGGUGCUUAACUGCAGGACUAACAGGAGAGCCAAGUGGGCUGCUGCAAUGUGCGAAGAUGCUGGUUUGAAGAGGGUGUAUGUGCACCAGCACGGUGUCCAUGGAUGGCACUUCCACGCUGGAGUGAAGAUGUACGACGCAUAUGACCAUGGGGAUCCGAUCCCCAAGCCAAAGGACUUCCAAAUUGAGCGGCCAGACGUCGAUGCAGCCUGGCGUGAACUGGAGGAUCUCGGUUUGGGACAGCGACCAACUUCUCCUGUGCCCUCCAUCACCAGUCCACACACUGCUGGCCUGGCCAACAGUGCACCAUUUGUCUCUGGCGUCGAGCACAGCCAUCGUACGGCUGCUGCAGCCCAGACAUAG